UGUCUGGCAUUGACCAUAGUGACCUUAGCUGCCAUCUCCAAUCCCUCUAUUAAACCCCUACUCCCUCCAUUACCCAAAAGCGCCUACUCUGAUCUGCCAAUUUCCUCUAUCAAAUCCUUCUGCUACCCAUUUCUCAUCUCUCACUUCCAGAUCGAGCCGCCCAAGUUUCAAUGGCAACAGACAACGGCGCACCCAGAUCUGGAUCUGCCACCCCCACCGUCAAUGGCGACGCUGAAGCCCCACAAAAGCCCAGAGUAGCUCUGAUCACUGGCAUAACCGGCCAAGACGGCUCCUACUUAACGGAAUUUCUCCUCAACAAAGGUUAUGAGGUUCAUGGGUUGAUUCGUCGUUCGUCUAACUUCAACACCCAGCGCAUCAAUCACAUCUAUAUCGAUCCUCACAAUUCCCACAAGGCUCGUAUGAAGCUACACUAUGCUGAUCUCAGUGACGCCUCUUCUCUUCGCCGCUGGCUAGAUACCAUUCUUCCCGACGAGGUUUAUAAUCUCGCUGCUCAAUCCCAUGUCGCUGUUUCUUUCGAAAUUCCUGAUUAUACUGCUGAUGUGGUAGCCACCGGUGCUCUCCGUCUCCUUGAAGCCGUAAGAUCUCAUAUCGCUGCCACGGGAAGAAGUCAUAUCCGUUAUUAUCAGGCUGGAUCGUCGGAAAUGUUUGGAUCCACUCCACCUCCCCAAUCUGAAACCACUCCAUUCCACCCCAGAUCUCCAUACGCAGCGUCCAAAUGCGCGGCGCAUUGGUACACAGUUAACUACCGGGAGGCUUAUGGGUUGUUUGCAUGUAACGGGAUCUUGUUCAACCACGAAUCUCCAAGGCGUGGAGAGAAUUUUGUGACCAGGAAGAUUACUAGAGCUGUUGGGAGGAUUAAAACCGGAUUGCAGAGCAAACUAUUUCUGGGUAAUUUGCAGGCGUCAAGGGACUGGGGAUUCGCUGGGGAUUACGUAGAAGCCAUGUGGAUGAUGCUGCAGCAAGAAAAGGCAGAUGAUUACGUAGUGGCGACGGAGGAGUCGCAUACGGUGGAGGAAUUCUUGGGGGUGGCAUUUGGAUAUGUGGGUUUGAACUGGAAGGAUCAUGUAGUGAUUGACAAAAGGUAUUUCAGGCCGGCAGAGGUGGAUAAUUUGAAAGGGGAUUCAAACAAGGCAAGGAAAUUGCUGGGAUGGAAACCAAAGGUGGGGUUUGAGCAGCUGGUGAAGAUGAUGGUGGAUGAAGACAUUGAACUUGCUAAGAGGGAGAAAGUGCUCGUUGAUGCUGGUUAUAUGGAUGCCCAGCAACAGCCUUGAUUAGACUUGUGUUGUUGGCUGCUUCUACUGAUUCAGAUCAAAUCAGAUAGCUGAUUGAGUUUAUCCAGUAUAUUAAUUAUGUCACCAUAGAUUUGAGCCAUUUAGAUAACUCCCUUAUGUUUUAAGGAGGAUACUUAAUUUAUAUUUUUAAGUGUUUUUUAGUCUAAAAUAAAAGAAAAAAAAUUGUUUAUGUUCA